AUCGAUGAUCUCAAGCCAAAGUUCAAUGAAAACCAGGUCGCGAAGGUUGAAGAGCGAAUGACUACUACUCUAGCUACUAUUUCAACCAAAUUGAACGAUACCGUAACUAAAAUUGACACGGCGAUAGAGCAGUUGGAGAAUUUGCAUGCAAACAUUUCGGAUGGAAUCAAAAAUAAUUUGAAUGUUAGUGAGAUUCUUAAAAGCUUAGAUGGAAUUUGGGAGGAAUUAGACUCAGCGAUGGAUCCGGUGGAGGGAAAGAUGACCGAAACUCUGAAUAGCGUGUCCAGCUUCCUUAAUAAUUAUCAUUCGCCCGUUAAGGCUGUUCUCCUCGUCCUGGCCAUACCCUUCCUUCUAGCUACAAUUCUCUUUACUCUAUUCCUUAUCGUUUUCAUCGUGGAGGCCAUUUAUCGCCAUCUGUUCUCUCUCAAUGGAUCUUCCCCCUCGGAAGGGAACUGUUAA